CAUCUUCAUCUUCAUCUUCGUCUCACUCCUUUGUAUUAAACUGCCGACGCUAAAUAAAUACCUUGGAAUUAAGCUUAUUUCUUUCUUUCUCAUCGUACAAAGUCCAUAUAUAUAUAUACAUAUAUUUUUUUGGUUUUCGUUUCUUGUUAUACAUCUUUAUACCGUUGCAGAUCGACGCGUGCUAGAGUUUCAUCGUGCACACCAGUCAUCAACUCUAUUCGCCCGCCUCCCAAUUGACUUUGGCACAAUGCGAACCUUUACGCUCCUAACGUCUCUCGCCGUUGGGGUUUCUGCUGGCACUGUCUCUGCUCCAAUUGUAAAGCAAAGAUUCCACCAUGAAUCGUCCCUUCACAGCCGCGACACUCUCAGUCUCGCUGCUCUGAACAAUAUCACAGGGGGUGGAUAUUACGCCGAAUUUCAAGUCGGUACCCCAGGUCAAAACAUUAGCUUUCAGCUUGACACAGGCAGCAGUGAUACUUGGCUCAACUCAGAUGAGACCGAUCUCUGCAAUAGCAGAACCAAGCAAGAGGCUAUUGGCCCUUGUAUGACUACAUUUAAACCUGACGACAGUCGUACCUAUAAACUGGUCGACCCUGAUGGAUUCGACAUCACCUAUCUUGAUACCCGCUCUAUUAGUGGUGAUUACUUCAACGACACCGUCACCAUUGAUGGAAAAAGCAUCAAGCAGCAGAGACUAGGCCUCGCGACGAAAUCUGUUCGUCCAACGGGCCUGAUGGGCUUGGGCUUCUCUGCAAAUGUCGUCGCUAAUGGGACGUACCCAACCAUUGUCGAGAAUAUGGUGUCUCAGGGCCUGAUCGACCGAGCUGCCUUCAGUCUCUGGCUGAACGACCUCAGUGCUGAGCAAGGAACUAUCCUCUUCGGCGGUCUCGACACUGAAAAGUUCGUCGGUAAGCUUGCAACUCUGCCCCUGUUGCCUGACCCUUCUACUCUCAACCUCACUCACUUCACCGUCGCCUUUGAAGGCUUCGAGGUCAAGACACCAAAGGGCCAGGAGAUCAAGAUAGACAGUCUCAAGAAAGACACCACUGCCAUUCUCGACUCUGGUGCUACCGUCUGCCUCUUGCCAGAGGCCCAAGUAGCACCUAUCUACAAGGCCUUUAACGUCCUGAGUGUGGAGGAUGUCGCUAUCCCCUUUGUAGACUGCGCCUACGGCAAAGACAAGGGCAAGGGUGUUAGCUUCGACUUCAAGUUUGACGGCAAGACAAUCUCUGUUCCCAUGAGCGAGAUGGUCAUCAAUGCCUUCCCCGACAAGCAGGAAAUUUUCGACGACCCUCAAGUCUCUUCCUACUUUGAUGAUUGGGACAGCGUCUGUAUGUUUGGAAUCAGCCCUGUUAGUCAGUAUGGUCUCACUGGGGGCGUUACUCUCCUUGGAGACACAUUCCUGCGCUCUGCCUAUGUUGUUUAUGACCUGGCAAAUGAACAGCUGGGCAUCGCUGAGGCGAACCACAAUACUGACGAGUCAAAUAUUGUUGAACUCAAGGAGAAGGACACCAAAUUCCCAGAUGUUACUGGUAUUGAGGGCACCUCCAGUUCUGAAGAGGACGAUAAUGCCGCCGGUCAUUUGUCUCCUUCUUCCAUGGUGACACUCAUCGUGGCUGCGGGCAUUACAUGGGCUCUCUUGUAAGCAUGGGAAUAGACUGGCAGUGGAAGUUGAAAGCCAGCGUCAGACGUUGCAAGCGAGUUCGCGCAUGUACAUAGAAUCAAGACACUGGUUUCUUCCAGUGCUGUAUUUAAAAAUGAUACCCAUUAGUCAAAGAUGUGCGCCUGUCGUUGGCAUGUCGAGUUUCGUCCUCGGUUCCUCAGCAAAUUCUGAACGCCUUUUCCUAUCUAUGUAUAUCCCAACCUACAAUUACAUUGCCUUUGUAUCAAC